AUGAAAAAACCGAAGCGGUCAAAACCCCAGCCCUUGCCUGAAGACCCUCGUCAGCCUUUGCCUGAAGCGGUCAAUGCCCAAUUCCAAUCUGGAGAAGUUAGAAGAAUCAGAGUUUCCAGCCCUUGGAUGCCACCUGUUUGCCAACAUUGUAAGGAGAUUGGGCAUAGCAUUAAACACUGCAGGGCGGCUCCUAUCCUAUGCUCCAUCUGUAGUUCUCGAACUCACCAGCCUGAGAGCUGCCCGAAGGCUACACAAAAGGACCCAAAGAAAUCAGAAUCAAGAAGGUCAAGAGCUAGAAGUAGAGAAGGGGUUCCACCACCUCCAGUAGCAACCCUUGACUCUUAUACGGCUACCAUUAUCAAAUUCUCUGACUCAACCUUGACAAAGGAGAAGCUGAUCGAAAAAGAGCAGUGCAGCGGCAGCAAUGAUAACCCGAGUAAAGCUGAGGAAGAUAAGAGGGCUACAUCUGACUCAGACAUUAAAUCGGUGGAGAUAAUCACGGACUCCUCUGAUGUGGAUACGGAUGAAGCGGACCUUGAGAGGAGUCGCACUGAGAAGGCAGUAGCCUUCACAAAAGUCGAAUCAAGGAAAAAGAAAAAGAAGAAGAAGAGCAAACGGGGCAAGGGCUCCAACUCUCCAUAA